AUGUCUGAGCAGUUUGUACGGCUUCCUCUGGACCCUAACACAGGACCUCGAGCAGCUUCUGAAGUUCACCUACACUCCUCUGCUAGUGGCCCAAUCCACAGCUUCGAAGCUAGUAGUAGAAUAACUUCUAAUGUGUACCUUCUCCUGAAAUCCCCUCUAAGGGAUCAUUUAAAGGAACUUGUCACAGCCACAAAGUCCUUCUGGCAUGUAAACGAGAAUAUUUGCAUGUUCUCAGGGUUUGAUGGUUCUUUUGGGGAUUACCAAACUCGGUUGUCAGGAUACCCGAAGUCCGGUCUGAAGGCCAACACCAACAGCAAUGUGAAAUCAGCAUGGCAAGUCAGCGAAAGCCGCAAGACUCAGUUGGGAUUGCCCCCGAGAAGUACUCUGGACCGUGUUUCUCUGUACGGUCAACUUGAUCCAGCCUCCCCCUACUGGAAAUUUGGCCAGAGCUAUCGAAACGUAAUGCACAUGCUGAGAAGCCGCUGUGCGGCCAACCACCCGAAGCACUGGAGAGUGGACCGAUACGGGACUUUCAAGAGCCACGCUAACAUUCCCACAUCAUUCCAUCUGGCACCUGUACAGCCUGAGCAAGGGCAAUGGCUAGCUGCAUCUCCAGCCCCUCAUCGCCAGCAGCAGCUGUUUGCAGCUGAAAAGGCUGUAGGCUCAAAGACCUUAAUUAAAAUCACUUGCUUCACCAGUUCAGGGCUUUUGCCUUCUUUACGGAAAAGUAGGUCAAAGGGGACAAAGCUGGACGAUGACAAAAGGCUGUUCUGCUGCUGGUGGUCACCCCACAGUGGCAAGCUCUUCCACAUUUUCACCUUCCUCAGUAUCUAUGACCAAGUGUACUACGUGGAAGAGGGCCUGCGCCAGUUCCUCCAGGCGCCCCCUGCGGCGCCCACCUUCUCUGGCACGGUUGGCUACAUGCUGCUACUGGUGGUUUGCCUGGGACUGGUUAUCAGGAAGUUCCUGAAGAACGCCGAAUUCAGCAGCAAAAACCGGAAAUUUGAUGGUGCGGCAGAGGGAAUUAUAGGAAGUGAAAAGGUCCCUGAGGGCAAAGUGGUCGUUCUGAAUUUUCGAUUCAUAGAUCUUGAGAACGACAACCUGUGUCGCUACGACUUUGUGGACGUGUACAACGGCCAUGCCAAUGGCCAGCGCAUCGGGCGCUUCUGUGGCACGUUCCGGCCUGGAUCGCUUGUAGCCAGUGGCAACAAGAUGAUGGUACAGAUGAUUUCUGACGCCAACACCGCUGGAAGUGGCUUCAUGGCAACGUUCUCCGCCGCUGCACCAGACGGAAAAGGGGACCGGUACUGUGGAGGACGUCUUGAAAAACCUUCCGGCUCCUUUAAAACUCCCAACUGGCCAGACCGAGAUUACCCUGUGGGAGUUACUUGUGUGUGGCACAUCAUAGCCCCGAAGAACCAGCUCAUAGAGUUAAAGUUUGAGAAGUUUGAUGUUGAGAGAGAUAACUACUGCCGCUAUGACUACGUGGCCGUGUUCAAUGGUGGGGAAGUCAACGACGCCAAAAGAAUCGGAAAGUACUGCGGCGACAGUCCGCCUGCGCCAAUCGUGUCCGAGAGAAACGAACUCCUCAUUCAGUUUUUGUCAGACUUAAGUUUGACAGCAGAUGGAUUCAUUGGACACUACAAAUUCAGGCCAAAAAAAAUUCCCACAACCACAGCCACGCCCGUCACCACCACAGUCCCCGUAACUACAGGUUUAAAACCCACCGUGGCCCUGUGUCAGCAAAAGUGUAGACGGACUGGGACUCUGGAGAGCAAUUACUGUUCAAGCAACUUUGUGCUAGCCGGCACCGUCAUCACAACGGUCACGCGAGGCGGGAGUCUGCACGCCACGGUCUCCAUCAUCAGCAUCUACAGGGAGGGCAACCUGGCCAUCCAGCAGGCCGGCAAGAACAUGAGUGUGAAGCUCAUCGUGGUCUGCAGGCAGUGCCCCCUUCUCAGACGAGGUCUGAAUUACAUUAUUAUGGGACAAGUAGGUGAGGAUGGACGUGGCAAAAUCAUGCCAAACAGCUUUGUCAAGAUGUUCAAGAAUAAGAACCAGAAGCCCAUGAACGCCCUGAAGAACAAGCAGUGUUAGCCCUGAGCUCUGCCGCUUAGCUGCACUUGCUCAUCGCCACCGAAAGAUAUAUUCUCCCCACGUAGAAAUAAAACCCACACUACUUAGUACUGAGCAUUCUGAAAGGUGGGGCCAAGGCAGUCACGUGACGGAAGUGUGAGCCCCUCCUGAGUUCUGCUGGCGGAAGCCCUGAGCCUGCACUGUGAGAAGCAGACAUCUGAGAACCCUCCCACCCCGCUGCCUGAUAGGAAACAGCAGCAAGCGCCCUGUGGCUGGGAAGGCUUGUAUAUCUCUGUGGAAGGGUAUGCUAGAAUUGAGCUGUACGAAGAUAUAAAAGCGAUUUUAUAAAAUACAAUAUUUAUAAUGAUA